AACUGGUGACCAGACAGGGUCUGGAACAGGAGCUACAGCACCUCCACCACUGUAAGAACCAGCGGAGUGGGUCUUUAUGCCAGGCAGCCAUGGUCCCUGAUAUGGAAAACAUCCCAUAUUUUGUUAUUCAGAUAGUUGUCUCAAAUCUUUUCCUGACUGCUGUGGCAGUUGCUGCUGCAGUUUGGUAUAUGAGAGACUGUUUGAAAGUCCCGGGCAUCGGUCAGCGAUGGGUUUUAGUGACGGGGUGCGAUAGUGGCUUUGGACAUACUCUGGCGCAGCAGCUCGAUCGGAGAGGUUUUCAUGUUAUAGCCACCUGUUUGACAGAGGAAGGCUCUUCAGAACUGAAGGACGUCACAUCCUCAAGGCUAAAAACAGUCCUGCUGAAUGUCACCGAUGGAGACAGCAUGAACAAUGCGGUGGCGUUUGUGCGCAAAGAGGUCGGGGAGCAAGGUCUGUGGGGUUUGGUGAACAAUGCUGGACGGUCCACACCCAUCGGCCCUUCAGAUUGGAUGCAGCUGGAGGACUUUAAGAAAGUGCUAGAUGUGAACCUAAUCGGGGUGAUAGAUGUGACCCUCAGGUUGCUCCCACUUGUGAAGAAGGCCCAGGGCAGGGUGGUGAACGUGGCCAGCAUCAUGGGGAGGGUCGCGCUAACUGGAGGAGGCUACUGCCCAUCUAAGUCGGGAGUGGAGGCCUUCUCUGACAGCCUGAGGAGGAACAUGAAGCCCUUUGGUGUGAAAGUCAGUAUUAUCGAGCCAGGUUUCUUUAAGACUGAAGUCACCAGUUUGGACCUCAUAGAAUCGGACCUGCAGAGAUUGUGGAACCGGCUCCCAGCAGAAGCGAAGGACUCAUACGGAGAAGGAUACCUGGAGAAAUAUCUGGAAGCCCAGAGGUUCUUCAUGAAGAUCCUGUGCAGUGCAGACAUCUCCAAGGUGACUGGGUGUAUGGAGCAUGCCUUGACAGCACGACACCCCCGCACUCGCUACAGCCCGGGGUGGGAUGCAAAACUCCUCUGGAUCCCUCUGUCCUACCUCCCUUCCUUCCUGGCCGACUACGCCAUCAGCGCUCUGCUCCCAGUCGCUGAGGCCCCUGAGCGCCAUGCUUCCAGUCCCUGAGGUCCAUCAGGGCCCUGCUUCCAGUCCCUGAGGUCCAUCAGCGCCAUGCUUCCAGUCCCUGAGGUCCAUCAGCGCCAUGCUUCCAGUCCCUGAGGUCCAUCAACACCCUGCUUCCAGUCCCUGAGGUCCACCAGCGCCAUUCUUCCAGUCCCUGAGGUCCAUCAACACCCUGCUUCCAGUCCCUGAGGUCCAUCAACACCCUGCUUCCAGUCCCUGAGGUCCACCAGCGCCAUUCUUCCAGUCCCUGAGGUCCAUCAACACCCUGCUUCCAGUCCCUGAGGUCCAUCAACACCCUGCUUCCAGUCCCUGAGGUCCAUCAGCGCCAUGCUUCCAGUCCCUGAGGCCCCUGAGCGCCAUGCUUCCAGUCCCUGAGGUCCAUCAGGGCCCUGCUUCCAGUCCCUGAGGUCCAUCAGGGCCCCGCUUCCAGUCCCUGAGGUCCAUCAGGGCCCCGCUUCCAGUCCCUGAGGUCCAUCAGGGCCCUGCUUCCAGUCCCUGAGGCCCCUGAGCGCCAUGCUUCCAGUCCCUGAGGUCCAUCAGCGCCAUGCUUCCAGUCCCUGAGGUCCAUCAGCGCCCUGCUUCCAGUCCCUCAGGUCCAUCAGGGCCCUGCUUCCAGUCCCUAAGGAUAACCGAAUGCUGUGUCAAUACAUUAAUCAACGUGUUCUGAGUAAAUUUGCCCAUGGAAAAUAUUUUAAUUCAAGCUGAGAGGACCACAGUGUUACAGGAAGUAAAUAAAAAAAUCGAUGUAAUCAGAAUUCAACAUUUUUAUUUCAGUUACUGUAGGGGAAAAUUCACAGAACGAAAGAUCUUCCUCCUAAAAGCAUGAUAACCAAUCACAAGUCAAAAUCAGACUUCGCCUUAGUGAGCAGGCUGGUUCCUCCAAAACUCUCGACGAUGUGUGCUAAAAGUUUAUCAAUAUAUCUGUAUUAAAGAAGGAUAUGUACCCUGUAUAGUUUCAAACUGAUUAACUGCUAAAUUGUGCUAGGAUUACACAGUGAGCCCAGCCAGCUGGCAAGGGGGGGCCCGUCUUGAACUGUGUAGACCAAACUGUCAAGGACACGGGCAGAGCAAGAUAUGACUGUACAGCUGAUUUCUCCGGGACUCUCGAUGUUUUAUGCCAGGAGUGUAUCCAUUUGACCUAGAACAUUAAUUACAGCUGAGCUUAUGAAAACGCAAGAAACCACAGUGAAAACUGUCGAAAUGAGAGCAAAGAAUGCUACGUACAUUUACUCCCUUAGAAGAGAAUAAUUAAUCAAAUGUUUAGUAUGUCUGUAUAUUAGAAAAGUAUAUUAGAAGUGAAUAUUAAUGAAAUGUUUAGUUUGUCUGUAUAUUUUCAAUAAUUACUGCUGCUUAGUUCGUCUUAUAAAAGCGAAAGAUACAGAGUGACGUGUAUGGAUGACGUGUUAGAGGGAGGGCAACCAGAACUUUAUGAGGUCUGGUAGUUGCCAAGAGCAGGUGCGGGGUGAAGUGAGGACACGUAGUUGGCAGAAUGCCCUGAACUUUGUACAGAGUUGGCAGAGCAUAAGGACCGUUGGCAAUUUGCCACAAUGACGUUGUGGGAGGAGCGUUGGGAGGAGUUACGAUAAGAAAAGUGUGGGUGAUUUGCCAGAAUGAGGUUUGAGGAGGAGUUGUAGGUGGAGUAACUGUGUAUAAAAUGGGUGUACAAAUGCCAGUCGGGGUUCAGUUCUGGAGAGCUGAUCCGGCUUUAUGC